CUGGGAUUGCAUUGGGGCUUCCCAAGCUUUGUGAAGCGAACUCUUCUUUGUUUGCGGGUUGUGUUUAUAUCAAGAUUGCUCGUUUUUAGAUCAAGCUGGUCACACUUUAAACGAAAUCAGCCGAACGGGGGUUGUGUACCAACCUUUGUGUGACCUCUGGAGAAGUUUUGAUAACGUGAUUAUCUGCGUUAGUUGUAAAAAUCGUUAAGCAAAACAGCGGCGAUGCCGACCGGGAUCCCCAACAGCCGAUCUCAGAGCAUGUCGUACCAGGGUUACCGAAAUGUCGGGCGUUCCGGUACUAUAACCGGGACACCACCACCACGUGUGACUAACCAAUACAACCAUCCAGCAUUCCAUUCUAUCAAGUUUGGAGUUCCUAAUACCAGACAUGAGAAAGGAGUACCCAAACCACCGAAGCCCCCAGAUAAGCCAUUGAUGCCGUAUAUGCGAUACAGUAGAAAAGUAUGGGAUAAAGUAAAACAAGAGAAUCCCGAACUCAAACUGUGGGAGAUUGGUAAAAUAAUUGGACAGAUGUGGAGAGAGCUGACCGAAGAUGAAAAACAAGUGUUCAUUGAUGAGUACGAAGCAGAAAAGAUUGACUAUAACGAAGCGAUGAAAGCAUAUCAUAAUUCAGCAGCGUACCAGGCAUGGAUUGUAGCAAAAGGACGAGCUCAACAAGCAGCAGAAGAUGGUCAGUUACAUGAAAACAAACCGGAACCCAGAAUGAGUAUCCAGCCAGCCGAGGACCACGAAGAUGCAGAUGGAGAAGAUGGUUUUACAGUGAAGCAUAUAUCAGCAUCUCGCUAUCUUCGAAAUCAUCGGUUAAUUAACGAGAUUUUGAGUGAUGCAGUCGUCCCUGAUCCACGAUCAGUGGUUACCAACGCACGUAUGCAGGUCUUAAAACGUCAAGUACAGUCACUCAUGCUUCAUCAGAAAAAGCUAGAAAGUGAACUCCAACAAAUUGAAGAGAAGUUUGAGGCAAAGAAAAGGAAAUUUGAAGAAAGUAGUGAACAGUUUCAGCAUUCAAUGAAAAAGCUUUGCGAGCAGAAGAUAGAAAUUAACUGGGAGGAGUUAUUAAAACCACUGCCACCACCGGUACCACACAAUGUAGUGGAGCCAGUAAAACAAGUGAUACCUGAACAACAAGCAGACUCUGAUGAACCAAUGUUGAAAGCUCAAGAAACCACAGAGAUGGUUUCCACGACAGAGAAGAAAAAAGAUGAAGUAAAAAUAGAAAAGGACGAUGAAGCGAAGAAAGACGAUGCUGUCAGUAAAGAGGAAAAAGAUGAGACUAAAGAUGGAGAGGGCAAGGAGCAAAAAGAGGAGACUGCAGAACAGAAAGAUAAAAUGAAUGAUGGAGAAAAAGGGAAGGAAGAUAAAGUAAAGGAAAUCGUGAAGGAGGAGAAGAAUGAAGAGAAGAAGAACGAGGAUGAAGAGAAAAUGGAGGUUGAGGAGUCAGAUAAAGCUGAGGAGGAAAAUAACGGGGAUGAUAAAUCUGAAAUUAAAGAAAAAAUAACUACUGAGAGUAAGAAAGACGAAGAAACAAUGGAUGUGGAAACUGAUGAGGAUUCCAAAAAUGAUGAAAAAGAAGAGAAAUAGUUGAUUUUCUGUGAUCUUCCGACUAGCGAAAAUUCACCUAAAAGACCCUCUUUGACUAUCUAAUGAAGAAUUCCACAUUCUCUGACAUGUUGGAGCAAUUUCUGCUAUAAUUGCAUCUUCCGCAGAAGUGAAAGUUGACUCCAUUGUUGGCAAAACCUAUUGAUCCAAAAACAUUUUGAUCAACUUUUGUGAGAAACGAAUUGUUGCAAGUCUGAGAAAAUUGCGUAGUGUAGUCUGUCAUUCUUAGUCCAAGUACAUGUGAAGUAAAUAAAAUCUGUGUUUCUAAUAAAAU